AUGCGUCUGCCUCCCAGGGGGUCGGGUACUGAUCCCGACGCGGUUGCCGUCGGAAUGCGAUCUUCUGGUAAUUCUUCAAAUCUGACAGAUAAGCAAUCCACCCAGAUUCUCACUUAUUCCGACAUUGUUAGCAUCUCCCCUAAGAAUGACGAUAGAGUUUCUUAUGCGGAGGCUACUGGCAAAAAGCCGGUGAAAAUACAGGAUUUGGCUGCUCACAUUUUUCAUGAUCUGCGGCCUACUAAGGAGGGCGAUCAGUUCUUCCUCAAAAUACCGAAGGAUCUAUAUCUUAAGGAGAUUAAGGCCUUUGAAUUUGCUUUGACAGGACGUUUGUUUCUUCAGAAAGGAGACAAACCGAGAUCAACUAUGGAACUAAAGUGGGAGCUUCAGAGAUUAUGGAGUUUAGCCUCUGAUUGGCAACUAAUUCCUUUGGGAAAAGGUUAUUUCACUCUCCGAUUUACUACAGCUGAAGAUAAGGCUACAACAAAGGGAAAGGCAGUUUGGGAGCUCUCAAAAGGGCUCCUCCGACUCCGUGAAUGGACUCGAAAUUUUGAUCCUUUCAAAGAGAAUUCCCCUUUGGCGGACGUUUGGGUUCGCAUACACUAUCUGCCGAUAGAAUACUGGAACCCACAGGUUAUUUCUGGAAUUGGCAGAUAUUUGGGUCACCCCUUAAAGAUCGAUGGAGCGUCGGCACGACGUGACUUCGGACAAUUCGCUAGAAUCCUUGUGGAAAUCGAUAUGUCGCAAAAUCUACCUUCUACUCUCUUAAUUGAUGGUGAGGAUACAUCAUUCCAUGUUGAAUUUGUCUUUGAAAAUUUGCCUCUUUACUGUCGUCGUUGCAAAAUAACUGGGCAUUCUCAAGAAACAUGUCGAAAAAAGCGACGUGUGGAGCCGGGCAAGAAGGAUGUUGUCCCAAUCGUGCAAACAACGGGGGAACAGCAGAACAAUACUUCUAGUUUUAGCCAUUUGGCGACGGGGGUGCAGCAGCAUUAUUUCCAGAAUGAAGGCCAUGAGAUGGCUGGCAGUAACCUAGUUCUGGAUUCCAAGAGGGUUGACGAUCAUGGCUCUGAGGAGAGAGCGUUAUACGAGCCGGAGGCAGCGGUGUUGGUUUCGGUUGAUCAGGAGCUUCAUAAGACGACUGGUAGUGAGGACGAGGUGGACGAGGAAAUUGAGAUGGAGAUGCCGGCUGGGGAUCCGACUGAGAUUGUUACAGCUGCUGCUGAUUUGGAUGAAGCUCACAAUUCUGAGCAAGCUGGAGAGUUGGUUGGUCACCAGGCUAAAAAACUGGAUGGUGAUUUAGGUGGGCAAAGCAAAGACUCGCACACUACUGCUCCAGAAGAUAUUGAUAGUCGUAUCAGUCGGUUAGAGGCGCAGGUUAGCCAAGGAAUGCAAAUGCUUGUUGAGCAAGCACCGCCUAAGCGACGGGGACGUCCUCCAAAAGGUAUGGAACGUCCGCGCGUUCCACAGAAUCAGGAAGAUAGCAUUAAAAGCCGCCUCAGAAAUGCGGAGGAAAUGGGUCAGAAGCCGAGGGACUUCGUCAUUGAUCAUAGCGGAAGUGCUAGUUUGCGUGUUAUGAAUAAUAUCGCCACAGGCCGUUGCUCGGACGAAAUGGAGGUGGACGAUUUUUUGAAUGGUUUUUAA